UAUAUUUUUAUUCAGGAGGAAGUUUGGUAGAUUGUUUUUGUUUUACUCUUCCCGAUAAUUUUGACCUUCCUAUUCCCUGAAGAUCAUUGGUCACCAUGGCAGCAGCCUAUCGUGUUGUUGUGAGCAGCGUGAGCUGUUACAACAGUGUGGUAGUAGACCGACGCACUCACUCCCAUGCAGUACACUACUGCUCAGGGCCAUGUGGAGCACUGUCCCAGGGCUUGGACUGCACUGUUGCACACCGUGGCACCUGUUCUGAGCUCCUUGUUGCACCUGACCCUCAAUACAAUGACCUUAACAGCUCGCCCAUACACUCCCGCAACAUUAUUGCUCAGCAGCUUCCUAACCAUGCUAAAGUUUGUCUUGCCAUGGAUAGUACUCAUAAUGGGAGCCUAGAGAGGGCAGGCAGCAGUGGCAAUUUAUCUUUAGGAGAAGAGAGCCCAACAUGGCGUGGUAAGAAGACCUCUGGUGGUGGAGCAUCGACUGGGAGUAUGACCUCCUCUGGCAGUCUGAAGGAUAUUACCGAAGAAGCCAUCAACCUGGCCAGUGGUAAACUCAAGGAGUUUUCAUUUGAUAAGCUCCGCCUCUCAUCCUCCAGCCACAUCACCUUCCGGAAAGGCCGGAAAGUCCGUCCUGACUCUUUUAGCCGUCGCUCCACCGACCUGGAGAUUAUUUAUGGCCACUUCAGCUCCAACCUUACCACAAAUGCAACUACUAUGACAAAUGGCACGGCUUCUUCCAAUGAUGAGAACCUGCCACCAUUUGUGCAAGGGAAAGGAACGGUGCUAGAGGAAACAAAGAUUAAGGGCAACCCAGGCACCAUGUCGUCCAUCACCAAAGUUGCUGGUGGCUCAACAAACAGCCUCACGAGUAUUGGGUCAUUAGACCAAAGUCUGAACACAGUGGCCUCCCUGUACCGCAACACCCUAGGAGAAGAGAACUUAAUUGCCCGUCUGCUGGAGAAGACGCGAGCGGAGGCAGCUACUGGCGGAGCAGGUGGCGAAGACAUACGUGCCUGCCUUGAUAUUCUGCUUAAAUGUUCUGAAGACCUUAAGAAAUGCACUGACAUAAUCAAACAGUGCAUCAAACACAAAGCUGGUGGAGGCCCAGAGGAUGGGGAAGCAAGCCCUGACAGUGUGUAUCGGGCUGUGAUGACUCGUCUCAGUUCCUAUCUUAAGAGAUUGCCUCUGGAGCUGGAAGGAAUUGGAGGUUUUGGAGGCUGUGGACAGGGUGCACCUGGAAGCGGGCACAGUGAUUUGGCUGAACUGGUUAACACUCUUCACUCCAUCCAGCAGGGACCUUAUUCGCCGAUAUUUGGCAAUGAACAACCUCCUCGCUAUGAAGAUGUGGUGCUCUCUCCUCCAAUCCCAAAGACUGUUCCACAUUCUGUUUCUUCUCCAUCCUCUGUCUCAUCUACUUCUUUAUCUCUAAAAUCAGAUUCCAUCCAUACCAAACCAGUUCAGAGCUCAGCCCAGCUUAGAGCUACCCCACUUACUAAUGGAGUUAUCCAACAUCCACAUACUUCGUCUUAUACACAACAUACUCUCUCUCCUCCAACCAUUAUAUCCUCUUCAUCCAGCUCCUCUCCAACACACUCCUCCUCCCCUCUUCAUAACUCCCCGACCCCAGCUUAUACACACACUCCCCCAGCAUCUCCCAUGGAGGCUCUUUAUAUUGAGGAGGAGGAAGCAGAUAUGGGAAAGACACCAGAACAAAUCUCACAGCAGACACACACUCCAUCUAGAGGGAUGAACAGCAGCCAGAGCAAAAGUGGGACUAUGAUGGGGCAAAACAUGCACCUGUCCCAAACACACACGCUCUAUAACUCUUCAAAUAAUUUGCCAGUCAGCUCUGGCUAUGGCUCAAAUUGGCCUUCCUCUGCGUCACUAACAGUCUCUGCACCCAAAGCUGCUGCACACAGGAAUGAUGACAUUGACAAGCUGCUCAUGGACUUGGAGAAUCUCUCUCAAAGUAUGACUCAUCCCAGAAAGACAGAGCCUCCACUUCCUGCCAAAACCAGGAAGAGAGAUGGGAUCCAGGGGAUCACCUCCAGUGAGUCCUUCACUCAACCCAAAAUGGCUCUGUUCCAAGUCUCAAAGCCAGACAGCCACUUAACCAUGAACGGCAUUAGCUCCAGAACUCCCCAGAGUUUCACUCCUCCUAAAGAAGAGAGGAGUGAAAAUGUGGCAGGAGAGGAGGAGGAUGGGGCAUUGUUGCUGAGAAUCCUUGAGAGCAUUGAGAGUUUUGCCCAAGAACUGGUGGAUUCCGGAGCAGGGAGCACAGGGAGUGCUGAGAGGAACAGUGGAAAGGAGCGGGAGGUGAUGAGGCUCCUGCAGGAUACACUGGCCACCACUGGCAGGGCUGAUACACCUCUGGAGAGCACAAACCCACCAGCUGCUCCCACCGCUUCAACUGUACAUACAGAUGCAAUCUCAGAUACACUGAUAAAACACACCUUGGCAAAUACACCUGAAGUUUCACCUGCCCCAACACCUGCAGUAUCUGAUUCUGAAAGCAGUGCUUCAGCUGAACAAGCACCUAAAUCUACACCUGAAAGUGCUCCCCAACCUUUGCCUACACCUACACCUGACCCUCCAGUCGAGUCUGUGGAUAAAAUUCCAGAAGCGUCUACAGAUGAGGAUGACUCAAAACCAGUCUCUGCCCCGAUAUCCUCUGCACCUGCAAACUUGCAUUCCUCUACGCUUUCCGAUGAAACCAUACCUGUGGCCGCACCUGAAGCUCCAGCUCCUGUUGCUACGCCAACCACAGCAAGUGCUACCGUUGCUGUUGGUGAACAUACUGCUUUGAGAGAUGCUGGCUCAACCCUUCUUAUCCAGCAGACUCCAGAGGUCAUUAAAAUCCAGUCGAAACCAGAAAAGAAACCCGGAACGCCUCCUCCCGCUCCAGUUGCAACCACAGCCACACCAGCCCCCACGCCACGCUCACCCAGCCCUCCUCCAGCUCCGGUGAUAGUCACCCCUCCUCCUCCUGCCAUUAACAUUCCCAGGUUCUACUACCCUCGUGGGCUUCCUGCCCUGGGCCCGGCUGCCAACCACGAUGCAGAAAUUGCUGCCAUUGAGACAGUCUUCACCGAGUUUGAGGAGGAGAAGGCUGAUAUUUAUGAAAUGGGCAAGGUCGCGAAGGCAUGCGGGUGUCCACUUUACUGGAAAGCACCCAUGUUCUACGCAGCAGGUGGUGAGAGGACAGGCUUUGUGUCUGUUCACUCGUUCAUUGCAACUUGGAGGAAGUUGUUGCACAGUUGCCAUGACGAUGCCUCAAAGUUUGUUUACUUGCUGGCUAAACCUGGCUGUAACUACUUGGAGCAGGAAGACUUUAUUCCUCUACUGCAGGACAUUGUAGAUACACAUCCUGGGCUCACGUUUCUGAAGGAUGCACCUGAAUUCCAUUCACGCUACAUAACAACGGUGAUCCAGCGGAUAUACUAUGUAGUGAACCGGUCAUGGAAAGGUCGUAUCACAAUGAUGGAGCUACGCCGGAGUAAUUUCCUUCAAACUCUGGCCCUGCUGGAAGAAGAGGACGACAUCAACCAGAUCACUGACUACUUCUCCUACGAACACUUUUACGUCAUCUACUGCAAGUUUUGGGAGCUGGACACUGAUCAUGAUCUGUACAUUGACCCCAAAGAUCUGGGGAGAUACAACAACCACGCAUCCUCAAACAGAAUCAUUGAGAGAUUAUUUUCAGGGGCUGUUACUCGGGGUAACGCUGUGCAGAGAGAAGGCAGGAUGAGCUACGCUGAGUUUGUCUGGUUUCUGAUAUCUGAGGAAGACAAAAAAAAUCCCACCAGUAUAGAGUACUGGUUCCGCUGCAUGGACGUGGAUGGUGAUGGUGUCCUUUCCAUGUUUGAGUUGGAGUAUUUUUAUGAAGAACAGUGUGAGAGGAUGGAAAGAAUGGGCAUCGAGCCUCUACCCUUUCAGGAUUUGCUCUGCCAGAUGCUCGACCUGGUCAAACCUGAGAACCCAGGUAAGAUAACUCUGAGUGACUUGAAACACUGCCGGAUGGCUCACAUAUUCUUUGACACUUUCUUCAACCUGGAGAAGUACCUGGACCAUGAACAGAGAGACCCAUUUGCUGUGCAAAAGGACAUUGAUAGUGAAGGUCCAGAACCAUCUGACUGGGAUAAAUAUGCCUCAGAGGAGUAUGAGAUACUAGUGGCAGAGGAGACUGCAAAUGAACAGCUGCACGAGGGGUCAUUUGAUGAUGACUAUGAAUCUGAGGAGCUUCAAGUUCCUGGAGAAAUUGGGAAAAUGGAAAAACUGGUCAUAUCAGACCUGUCUGCAUAAAACCUGGAAUUCUUGGGCUUCUCUUUCUGGUAAACAGAAAGCAGCAAGGUGAUGGAGAGCCACUCUGGAUAUAUGCAUCCAUACAUGGAUGGAAAGACAGAGAAAGGAAUUCUGGCUCCUGUCUCAUGAUUUCUCUGUGGAGUUAUUGUAUUGUAUGUGUGUGUGAGUAUGGCCAUAAACCAGUAUUGUUCUGGUGUCUGGUGCAAUAAUGCAUCUGUAUUCACACAAAAAAGAAUGUCCCUGCCUCCAGCUUUUUGCUCCACAGAAGCCAAAGACAGAAGUUUGAUAAGCUCAAGAAGGACUCAAAGAAAAACACUUAACUGUAAAAUAAUGUAAUUAUUGUGAAUUCUCUACUGACAAUCCUGCCAAAGGACAAUCUUUUUAAGAAUUUUGCUAAGCUCAAGUUAGACUGACAGGAAGCCUGCCAUGCACACAAGUAGGCAUCUAGUGGGAGAAACUGGCAGGUAGAAAAAAUAAUGACAAUGAAUAGACACUGCCAUUGAAGAGCAACAGUCCACUGCUUAAAAAUAUGACACACACUGCCUUGAGAAACCUGCUGUGUGAGCAUCUUGUCACCAUGUUUCUCGUAAAGGAAGCUGUUAGUCCCUUUAAUUAGAGGUCAUAGAACAGCUUGAGCGGUUAUAUCAGCACCUCCACUUAGUGGCCAGUAUGUGGUACUGCAUGCCAUCCGUGGCCUGCACAGUGCUUGAUGGCUGGCUGUCAUUUCUGUGAAGGAGUUUAGUUCACCGCACAGCCUGAGCUGUUCUUUAUUGUUGCAGCACUAUCAGCGCUCCACCUCUGGACGCUCUCCGGAGUCAUGGACAGUUAUUUUCAAGCUCUACAAUUUCAAUGUAUUAAUUCUCAAUCAGAUAAUGGUGAAAGAUAUGGGAUAUGCACAUCAAGUGAUGCACAAUGCCAGUCAUAUCAAACUCUCCGGUAGAGUUGCCCAAACAUUUCCACCUGUAACAUUUGUAAUGAAACAAUAGAUGUGCCUACGAUUUGUAAGUUGUUCCUGCCAGUCUCAUGCAACAUCUCACUGUAUGUUUUCCCACAUCCUUUUCUUUUCUUUUCUUUGUUAAACCUUUAUUUUUUUAUGGAAUUUUCAAUUUGACAAGCAGAAGUGUAGAACAAAAACAUUGGGCUUGAGUAAGCUCAGCGCACAUCCAAGACAGACGCACCGAUACAGUACAUUACACAGAAAGCUGAGCUUUAUUGUUUUAAGUUAAAAAGAGAGAACUGGGAAAAGUCAUUCUGUCUUUUCAUCAUCAGAGUUAUCUUCUCCGUUUAUUCUCUCACAUCCUUUUUUGAAUUUGUGCACUGCCUUCUAAUUCAUGUGAACUGUUACUGUCGUUUAGUCUCUGCAAAAUUAUCCCCUUUUUACAUACCUGUUUACAUCUCAUCACUAUUGAUCAUUUGUUUAUCAGCGUUUCUGAAGUCCACUCUACCUGUAACACACAAAAACACACCACUAAAGAUGCCUUUUAAUAAAUAGGUUGCCUAAAGCAAAUUUUAAACUCA